CCGUCUCUGAAGAGAAUCGACGCAGUCAAUAAUCGCUGAAUCAGCCAACGCACUGUUAUGACGCAGCCGAGCUCGUCCUUGGUCCAAUUCACGCCCUUCGCCUCUGUCGUGUCGCCCGCGUUCUGGCACGCUCUCACCUCGCUGAAGAUCGAUGUACUGCGACUGUCGGAUGCACCCAUACCGGUGACUGCGUCGUACUCGGUGGGACGCACCGUGCAUGAUCGCGAGACAGGCCGAGAUGUGGCGCUCGGGUGCACCAUCGGUCUCGGAGAGAACGCGUUUGACAAGGUCAACCGAGGAAAUGUCGCAGUAACGAGUGGCGGCGUGCUGGGCCCAGCGGAGACGCAUGAAGGAGGCCCGCCUCUCGUUGUGAAAGCCGACGGCAUCUUCAAGAACUUCAACACGAUAGAGGAGUUCAAAGCAGCGGACAAGAGCAAGUUGUUCAACGAGGUAGCUGACGAGAUGUGGAAGACAGCGAUCACUACGCGGUCACCCGAGGCGCUGACCAAGUUUAUCAUGAUCGCUUAUGCCGAUCUGAAGAAGUACAAGUACUAUUAUUGGUUUGCUUUCCCCGCAUUCCUAUCGAAACCCGCAUGGGAGAUCUCGCCCGCAGGUUUGACACCGGCCGAUAAACAGUUUACGAUGCCUCAGUUGAUGUCAAUCCACACUGCUCUUGCAAAUCGAUCGCACCACGGACCGUACUUUCUGGCUCGGCCCUCGCCAACGCAACCAUCUGAGUACGAGGUCGGAGCGAUACAGGAAUAUGACAGUUUCUUCGAAGGCGUUGCGAGCCAGCAGCAAGUUAUCGGUUUCGUCGACCCCUCGGCGCUAGCAGAAAACCCAGGCUGGCCACUACGAAACUUGCUUGCGUUUCUUCGCGCAUUGUGGCCCAAGACUGCCCAGGGUGUUCGUAUUAUCUGCUGGAGAGACGAAAUUGUCCCUAUAGAGGGCACGUCUUGGAAAUCUCGCUUUGGUGUCUUGUCGCAGCCUUCCUCUCCAGAAGCGGCUGCUGACGCUGCUGAGCGCCCCAGCGCCGUGGGUUGGGAAAAGAACGUGCAGGGUAAACUUGGGCCUCGAAUCGCUGACUUGGCGCCCAUGAUGGACCCGACGCGGCUCGCGGAUCAGGCGGUCGACUUGAAUCUCAAGCUAAUGCGCUGGCGUAUCCUUCCCGCGCUUGAUCUUGACAAGGUGGCGCAAACGCGAUGCUUACUUCUUGGCGCCGGGACUCUCGGUUGCUAUGUGGCGCGAACGCUCAUGGGAUGGGGAGUUCGAACCAUUACCUUCGUGGACUCAGCUCGCGUGUCGUUCUCGAACCCCGUCAGGCAGCCGCUUUUCGAGUUCGAGGACUGCCUCGACGGGGGCAAGCCUAAAGCGGCGUGUGCAGCAGAGCGCUUGAGGAAGAUAUUUCCCGGCGUCAAUGCGAGUGGCCACAGCUUGUCCAUUCCCAUGCCCGGUCAUCCGAUUCCAGCUGGCUCGGUCGAACAGGCGAAGAAGGACGUGGAGACUUUGGAAAAGCUCUUCGACGAACAUGAUGUCGUCUUUUUACUCAUGGACUCGCGCGAGAGCCGAUGGUUACCGACAGUGCUUGGAGCAGCGAAAGGCAAGAUUGUCAUGAAUGCUGCGCUGGGUUUCGACACAUUCCUUGUCAUGCGUCACGGUGCCCGCUCAUCCAAUGCUAAUGGGACAAGACUUGGUUGUUACUACUGUAACGACAUUGUUGCGCCCGCGGAUUCGUUGACCGACCGUACACUGGAUCAAAUGUGUACAGUGACGCGACCUGGUCUCGCGUCCAUCGCAUCAUCGACAGCGGUCGAGUUGCUUGUGUCGCUUUUGCAGCACCCGGAUGGAAUCAAUGCUCCAGCGCCUCCUCCUCAAGCAUCAACAGAUCUAUCUGACCCGAACGCCUCCGCGAGCAUACUCGGUCUCGUUCCCCACCAAUUGCGAGGCUAUCUGGCGCAAUUCAGGAAUAUACCCAUCGUUGGCGCUGCGUACGAUCGUUGCACAGGUUGUAGCGAAACGGUGCUGCAAGCUUACGAGAAGGACGGCUUUGAUAUGCUUCUCAAAGCUUUCAACGAGCAGAAGUACCUGGAAGUAUUGACGGGUCUGGAUAAACUGUACGACGAGGGCGAAGCAGCUCUGCAGGACAUAGAUUGGGCCGAGGAAGAGGAGGAAGAGGAGUGAGACCCAGUGACAGAUGGUGGGUAUCGUGUCUUUUGUGUAUGACUAGGGAACUGCCGUAUUUCUUGACCGCUGUAUCAAUAUACAUUGGAAUAUGUGACGAG